AACCUACCCUGCCCUGGCCAGACACACGCGGCCCGCGGGACAGCCCCGUUCUCAGCAGAAGCCUCCCACCUCCCCCCCGCAAUGACACUGGUGGCAGCGCUUCAAGUUUCGGCCCCCUGCGGAUGAGGGGAGUGAAAGCGAAGCUGGGCCAAUGCACAUGAAGGAAAAUGCUGCGACAGCAGAAGUGGAAACGCGCACCCCCCAAAUCCCCCCCCCCGCCCUGCGGGAGAGACGGUGCAGACAUCGCCAACUCCUGGGGGGGGCACACACAUAGAGCUUUUUGUCUUCUUACGAUCCACACGCACGGACAAAAGAAAGAGGAUGCCACUGCAGAGGAAGUUAAAAUAGAAGUUUUACAUGUGCCCAAAGAAUGCAAGCCAAAGAGCAAGAAGGGGGAUCUGCUUAAUGCACAUUAUGAUGGCUACCUGGCCGGUGAUGGAUCCAAGUUUUAUUGCAGUCGGACACAAAAUGAAGGUCACCCAAAGUGGUUUGUUCUGGGUGUUGGCCAAGUCAUAAAAGGAUUAGAUAUUGCUAUGAUGAAUAUGUGUCCUGGAGAAAAACGGAAAGUGACAAUUCCACCAUCAUUAGCGUAUGGAAAGGAAGGCUAUGCACAAGGCAAGAUUCCACCUAAUGCAACAUUGAUCUUUGAGAUUGAACUGUAUGCAGUGACUAAAGGACCACGUAGUGUUGAAGCAUUUACUCAAAUAGACAUGGACAGUGACAAGAAACUCUCUCGAGAUGAGCUAAGCCAUUAUUUGAAACAGGAAUUUGAAAGAGAUGGUAAAAAACGUGAUGCAUCAGUUCACGGUUCUAUUUUAGCCGAUAUAUUUAAGAGGAAUGACCAUGAUGGAGAUGGCUUCAUAUCUGCAAAGGAGUACAAUGUCUAUCAGCAUGAUGAACUAUAGCAAAUUAUUUCUAAAAUCUCCUGACUGCUUUCUCUACCCUAGAUUUAAAGAAUCUCUAAAAAGAACUUUCAUUUUGUCACAUGAUGUUUUACAUUUUUUUUGUAAUGGUAAAUUUUUAUACCUUUUAAGAUGAGUGUUAAAAAUCUUUCCAGUAACAUUUCAGUUACUAAUAUUUUACAAAAGAAAUAAAAUUAUAAAAAGUCA